UUUAUGGACCGAUUUUUUCGAAAUUGGUACCACAAUUUUGCAAAUUUUUCAGAGAAUGUUAAAGUAGUUCGAAAUAGUAAUUAAACAGACAUACAGACAGACUUAAAUACUCUAAAUAGUACUUAAAAACCUCAUCGUCGCACACCCCGAAAAAUUUGCAACAUUAAAGGAAAUCGGAAAUCUUUUACGGCAAAUGUUGUAUACAAAGAGGUUUUGUAAAAUGAAAAAUUGUAUGAAAACUAAUAAUAGCGGGGUCAGUGUUGAGAAAAGUGUAUAAAUAAUGCCUAUUUAUUUGAUUAGGUUAGCAUCUUUUGAAUGUGCUAGGCUUAAUUAAGUCAGCUGUUACACAAAAAUGCCGCCACACAAAUACGUAUAUAUAUACCUACAUAUAACGACCUCAGAAAUUUUAUUGACCUAACACAUUAUAUUUAUCAUGAUAACACGUACAGAGAAUCAGUCAGUCUUUCGUGGUCUUUCGAACCACGUGGUGGUAGAUAUAAUACUUUUAAUAAAGUGUGUGAAUAUAUUAUAUUUUUCCAACAUUGCAUACUUCUAAAGCAUUAAUUUGCUGCAAUUUAUUUUUAAAACGAUAUAUAGUUUUAAUCAAUAUAAUUUUUUAAUUAACAUUCUGUUUCGAAAUAUUCGAGUUUUAUAGAUUUAAAAUAAAUAGUCCUUUUCCGACAUGAUGAUAUGCCUAAAACUAUUAUUAAGUAGCGGACUAAUGUUUAUCGCUGAGACGGCUUUUGUUCUUAAUGAAUCAUCUUUAUGCUAUCAACCAUCAAAAUAUAUAAAACCAAUCCAUUACGAUAUCAAGCAUAUAUCACAUAUUGAACGAAAUAUUUUCUGUGGAGAAUACAAUAUCAGCAUAAGCAUUCUUAACAAAACGCAACAUAUACUUUUACAUUCAGAAAAAUUAAGUAUUAAAGAUAUAGUUUUAUUUACAAAUGUAGAAAAAAAUCAUGAGAAUGAUAAAGAUACAGUUUACAAACCAACAUAUAAUACUACUGAAGAUGACACAAUUGAUAUUAUUUUUAAGGAUAAAUUAUCACCAGGAAAUUUCACUUUAAAUAUAAAAUAUUAUGGUAUUGCUGAUGAAGUUUUUACAAUUUUCAAAAUGAAAGAAAAAACUGCUUUGGUAGGUGUUACUCAUUUCCAUAUAAUAGGCGCUCGACGAUUGUCUUCAUGUUGGGGUCACCAGAAUUUAUUGUUAGAAGCAACCUUUAACAUAUCUGUAGGAUGUCAUGAUCAAUGCACGGCAUUGUCAAAUAUGCCAUUGCGAAAUACGGAAAAAAAUAAGUGUAACAAUAUUUCAUGGACACACUUCGAUACCACACCCGCAAUGUCGCCGUAUUUUGCAACAAUAAUUGUGUCCAAUUACUUAUCACGUGUUGAUAAUAAUACUCAAAAUAUUCAAAUGUGGUGCAGAAACGAAACUGUAUUUCACAUGGAAUUUGCGAAAAAUGUAGCUGAAAAUAUCACGUUGUUCUAUAAAAAUAAAUGGAAACAACAUUCGAACAGUAUUUCGAAGGUGACUCAUGUUGCAAUUCCAAAUUUCCCUGAUAAUGGCAUAAUAGUUUUCGGACUUGUUUUGUAUAAGGAAACAGAUAUCAUCUACGAUAAAAAUUUAUAUUCUAAUGCUCACAAAAUUAAAAUAGCUGAAUUAGUAGGACAUAAAGUGACACAGCAAUGGUUUUAUAAUCUGAACAAUCCUUUUCGAUCUGCUUCUUGGUUGCAUAAAGCUUUUACUACAUUGCUUGCAACGUAUGCUGUCAAUGAGAUGUAUCCUGAUAAUCGAACAAUAAAUUUAUUUGUUGUUCAAAAUCAACAUACUUCUUUUUAUUUGGAUAAUGAUUAUCGUAUAUGGAAUUCUGUUUCACAAGAUGACAGUUUAUUUAAAAUUCGCGAAUCCAUCAGAGCACCCUUUAUACUGCGCAUGAUGCAACACGCCUUCGAAGACACUUUUUGGAAACCCAUUUGCUCAUAUGCAAAUAGCACGCUAUCACAUCGUCUAGGUCCUGUAAACCUUAUGAAGGAUGUUGCUUUAAAAAUGGAUUUUGCUCUAAAACUAACAAGAAUAGAAUAUUGGGUUUCGAAAAAGCAUUGUCCUCUCAUUAAAGUAGAACGAAAUUAUAGUGAUCUUAUGAGCCAAACAAUUGUAUCGACGUGUCAGAGGAUUUUGAAAUAUUCUUCCCAUUUCAAGAGAAUGAUUGGAUGAUAUUCAAUAUACAACAAGUUGGAUAUUAUCGCGUUAACUAUGAUGAUGAGAAUUGGCGAAAAAUUUCAGAUUAUCUAUACUAU